ACAACAAUAAUUGCAGAUAUAAGGAAAGCUGCUUUUAAUGAGCUUCCGGUAAAACACAAAUCCCAUUAUGACGGCGGAUCAAUCACAGCAGAUUUCUAAAAACUUUCCUUUUUUGAUUUAGUUUCUCCCAAUUUCAUUUCUAAGGUACUGCUUCGUCUUCUUCUUCAUCAAAUAUCACUUUUCUAGUUUUGCAAUUACUGAAAUAAGUGUGGAAUUACUCGGCAGAGCUAGAGCUGGCGUUUGGUAUGAAAGGGUUGUGAUGAAAGACUGUUCUUGAUUCGAUUGGAUGUAGUUUAAAGAUUUGAUUUUGUUUGAAGGGUUUGUUUAUGUAUGGGCUGAGAGAUGAGAAUUCUGCUGGGAUUUGUGAUUUUCAGCUGUUUUUGUGUUUUCUUGAAGAGUUGAUGUUAUUGCAGUUGUAAAAGGUUCAUAGGUGUUGAAGAGGUUUGACAAUCUAGCACAGAAGUGUUUGCAGUUAGCUUUCCUUGAUGAGCUUUGGGAAAUGGCUUCAUAUGGUGCUUUAAUAACUGGAAAUUAGUGUGGAAAAAUGGAAGGAGUAGAUUCUUCAGAAAUGGCAAGGAGUCUGUUGUAUGGAGCUGUUAUUCUUUCGUGCUUUUGCUCUUUGGUUUCACCCGAUGUUCAAGGAGAUGCCUUGUAUGCAUUGAAGCUGUCACUGAAUGCAUCUAGUAAUCAGCUUCAAGAUUGGAAUACUAAUCAAGUUAAUCCAUGCACUUGGCCCAAAAUCUCAUGUGAUGAUAAUUCCAAUGUCGUCAUGGUGUCAUUGUCUAAUAUGGGAUUUUCAGGCAUUUUAUCUCCAAAAAUCGGAGUUUUGAAGAAGCUCAACACACUGUCACUGCAAGGAAAUUUCAUAACUGGCACGAUUCCAGAAGAAGUUGGAAAUUUGACAAGCUUGACUAUGUUGGACCUGGAAAACAACCAACUUUAUGGAGAAAUACCAGCUUCCCUUGGUAGCCUCAAGAACCUCCAGUUCUUGUUCUUGAAUCAAAACAAUCUCUCCGGGACAAUCCCUCAAUCACUUUCAAGCCUUCAUAGCUUGUAUAACUUGCAGCCCGAUUCGAAUGGUCUUACUGGUGAAAUACCUGAAAGUCUAUUUGAGGUCCCCAAAUACAAGUAUGCCAACCUCUAAUAUUGUUUGGAGCUGUUAAAUAUUCCCUCCAUCUUGAUUUAACUGUCCAUCUUUCCUUCUUCAAACAUCCAAGUUAGUUAUUCAGUUAGUGUAUUUGGAGAAAUAAUUUUUCAUGAGUUGCUAACAUACCUUUGAUGUAUAGCAAACCCGCACAAUGAAUAUUACACUCAUCUCCCUUGGUGCUAUCAAAAAGGACAUGUAUGAUGGGGCGAUGGCGGGGUUGUGGUCGAUAGGAGGUGACUAUUACCACUUCCCGGCGGGAGUGGGGUUACAUUAGUUUUUGCGCAUGUGUUCUCGUGAUAUUUUCCUUUGUGAUAUGCUCUUAUGUUUAGAGUCGGCGUCUCUUUGAAACUGCCUCUCUACUUUCUUAGUAGGGAUAAGGUCUGCGCACACACACCCUUCCUACACCCCACGCUAUGGGACUUAAGUGGCUCUGCUGUUAUUGU